GACCUCCCUCCUCCCUCGGGCCGUUGGGGGAGGCUCCAGGGGCUGUGGAAAGGAGGUAAGGACUUAAGGAUUCUAGGGAACCAGCCAGUUUGGGCCUGCCCAAAAUAGCCUCCGAGGUCUGAGGAGGCCGGAGUUAGACAUCCAGUCUGCUGGGAUAUCCUGGCCGUGCCCACUCUUUGCUACUCCAGACCCUGGCCCAACAUCUGCACACCCUAAAGUCACAAAGGUGGUGUACUUCGAGAAGUUUUUUAAGGGAUUCGGGCCCCAAACCGAGAGCAGUAAGAAGAACUUGCACCGGACCCCCAGUGCUGGGCAUGGCGCCCCGCCUUACACAGCUCGUGGACCAACCCUUUUUGCUGUCCCCGCAGCGUCUGCUGUGCACUAUUCUUCCCAGGCUCCCUUUCCUGAGCCUGCUAGUGCUCGUGUCGCUUGGAAGACUUCCUAUUCUGCAGGCUCCCUUCUCUUGAGACCCCGCCUUGCUCCUCUUCUGCAGUCUUCCAAGUUUGGCCCCGUCUCCCUUCCCCUCUGCUGUAGGGGCGCCACCGCCCUGUCUUGCUCUGGUCCUGAUCUCAUCUCAGACCCUGGUCUCUCUGCCCCGGCCCUUGGUGACCGUUGGCGGGAGGGGCUGAGGAUCUUGGAAGGGGGUGCCCCCUCGAGAGGUGCACGUGGGUAGGGGCAGGGAGGGGCAAUAGUGGUCCCCAGCCGUUGCCUGGGUAACGCUGGGCCUGGCACGCGCGGCUUCUUCGGGCUGGCCGGGAGGGGCUGGAGGCGUGCGAGGGGCGGGGGCGGCGCGCAGCGGCAGCAGAGCGCAGGGGAGGGGACCGGAGGAGAGGGGACCGUCUCCUCCCUCCAGCGCUCACUGACUCGUCCCUUCUGGGCUGCGGCUGUUGCAACGGCGGCGGCGGCUGGAGCCGUCCGGAGACCGGCGUCGAGGUGAGGUUGGCUGGACCUGAGGCUGCGGGUAGGAGGGGAUGGACAGACAGACUAAUGCUCGGGAAUGCGGGCGCCUGGAUUUGCUACUGCCUUUGCCGUUCCCUCCUCCCCACAGGGGCCCUCUCCCCUCUCCCAUCUCAAGAUGGCAGCCAGCCCCUCAGAGGUCUCUGAGAUGCAGGGGGUGGAAGCGAGUCCUGAGACCCAGGGAGAAGGGCCUGGCAAUUCCGAAGCUGGAACUGGCCCUCCAAUCCUAGCUGGGGUCCCAGCCCAGCCAGAGGCUCCGCAGCCAGGCCCAGACAUAACUGCAGCCCCUGUGGACUUGGAGCCCAAUAUUGGGCAGGCUCUAGAAACCACAGAGACCCCAGCUGGGGACCCAGAAACAGCCCAGGCCACAGACCUCAGCUUAAGCCCAGGAGGGGAAUCAAAGGCCAACUCCAGCCCUGGAGAAGCAUCCCAAGAGCCAGCACCCAAAGCAGCAGUGAACAAAGAGCCUACUGCAGACCAGGGGGCAGAGCAGGCGUCCGCAGCCCCACCUGAGCCAGGCUCAGCACCUGCUCCCAAGCCAGAGCCCCAGUCAGACCCUCAGCCAAUUUCCCAGCCCACCCCCAAACCAGUCCUUCAACCAGAGCCCCCUACCCAAGAGGACCCCACCCCUGAGAUCCUUACCGAGAACGUGGGGGAAAAGCAAGAGAAUGGGGCAGUGGUCCCUCUGCAAGCUGGUGAUGGGGAGGAGGGCCCAGCCCCCCAACCUCACUCACCCCCCUCAACGAAACCCUCCCCAGCAAAUGGGGCUCCUUCCCGGGUUCUGCAGCAGCUUGUUGAGGAGGACCGAAUGGGAAGGGCUCAUGGUGGGCAUCCAGGAUCUCCCCGAGGUAGUCGAGGUAGUCUGAGCCGCCACCCCAGCUCCCAGUUGGCAGGGCCUGGGAUGGAGGGGGGUGAAGGCACCCAGAAACCUCGGGACUACAUCAUCCUUGCUAUCCUGUCCUGCUUCUGCCCCAUGUGGCCUGUCAACAUCGUGGCCUUCGCUUAUGCCGUUAUGUCCCGGAACAGCCUGCAGCAAGGGGACGUGGAUGGGGCCCAGCGCCUGGGCCGAGUGGCCAAGCUCUUAAGCAUCGUGGCAUUGGUGGGGGGGGUCCUGAUCAUCAUUGCCUCCUGCGUCAUCAACUUAGGCGGUGAGUGGGGGUCAGGGACAGGCAGGGGAGGAGCGGAAGGGUUGACAAGGGCAGCUUUACUAACCCCUGCCCCUGCUUUCUCCUGUCUGUUCUCCCUACUUCUUUGUCUCUCUUGUCUCCCCCCCUUUCCCUCCCCUGUCUCUGUCUGUCCUUCCCUCUCCUCUCCCACAGUGUAUAAGUGAGGGGCCCUGCCCUGCAUUCCAAGACUUUCCUUCCUGUUGGGAGCUGCCUUGGGCCCAUCCCUCCCAUGGGGGGAGCCCAAUCGAUGGCCCUGGCCCCCAUCCCUAGGGACCAAGGGAGCCUGAGCGGACUUGUUUACAGCUUCUUUCCUGCUCCUGCAUCCUGCCAGGCUCCUCUGCCAAGCGUAGGCCUCCCUUCUCUGCACUGUUUCCCACUCCCUGCACUUCUGUCUGCUGAUUGGUCCCCUCCAGCCUCUUGGCCUCCCUGACCCUGCACUUGUGGAAACCUCUCUGCACAUCUCCCAAACUCUGUUCUCAGCAGCCCUGCUUCCCUUCCAGCCUCCCUGCACUUCCAGUCUCCCGAUUUCUCAGAACUUUAACCCAGGCCUGUUCCCAACUUCCAUUGUCUUGGCAUCUAACCCAUUCCUUUCCUUCCUCCCUUUAUCAUCUGUACCCCCUUUCCAUGCCCUCCUUCCCUAUUCUGCCUCUUCCUCAUCCCUUAGCAUCCUCUUCACCUGCCUGCCACCAUUUUUCUGCAAGAACUCCAGCACUUAGAUCAGGCUGGGGGAGGUGGAGUGGUGUUUGGAGAGGGCUCCCUGGCCCGGGUGCCCAGUGUUCUUCGCUGGGGGCCCAGACCCUCCCGCCCCCCACCCUGCGCGCCUUUUGGGUCUCAGGAGACAAGCCAGCCUCUCCUGGGGACUUGUGCAAGGGAGUCCCGGUUCUAAAUGCACCAGGGAGGAGAGAGGGUCUCAGCGCCUGAAGGUUCGGUGGGAGGUUUCAAAAGGAGCCGACCCACCCACUUGAGCUUUUAACCUUAAGAGUUUCUUGCUUGAAGGUAUCAGGAAGGGGGGCUCGGGCCAUUCCCUAAGAAAGGGGGGGAAAAAGGAAAAAAAAAAAAAAAAGGGACCAAAGCUCCCGCUGCUGGGAGCGACAGAGGAGCGGGGAGGCGCUAUAAUUAUUUUCUAAGAGGCCCAGGGAGGUUCGUUGCGCGCGACAGCCUGCUGAGGAGGCAGAGAGCCAGCUGCGACGCGGUUUGGAGUUGGCGGAGUUUUUGUUUUCUUAAAAGUUGGGGAGAAAAACUAACAUUCCUUUAAAACAAGACAUAUAAAACUGACUUUCCCCUUUGUAUGCUGGAUGCUGCAUGAGUCUGAAACACCAAUAAAUGGAGACUGCAUGAGACUCGGCUCACGUUAGUGCCUGCGUUCGUCCGCCCCGCCGUUCUUCUGCCUCCGGGCAGAACCGACUGGAUGGUACACGCAUGCGCCUUCGUGGUCCCCAUCUUUACUGCGGGCGAAGCCGCCUCUGCCCGAGGCCCACCUGCGCAUGCGCAAGCCAUCCCUCGCUUUCCUUUCCCAAGUAGCUUCGAC